AUGCUAAAUAUUUUGGAAAUUAGGGUAGAACGCUGUGAAAAAGAAAUGAAGCAAAACAACCUAGUAAUAACGGGUCUCAAAAUAGAUGCGAAUGAUGAAGCUGAACUAAAAGAAAAAAUGACAAACUUCAUCAAACAGCACUUGGAAGAGAACACAAAAAUAGAGAAAGCAGUUAAACUGGGAGACAGAACUUGUCUAUUGAAAAUGGGAAGUAUAGAAGAAAAAAAUAAGGUAAUGAAGAAGAAAAGUAAAUUGAGACAUAUCAAAGGGGAGAAGAUUUUCAUAAGCCAAGAUGUGACAGUCUUAGAAAGAAAUAUUCAGAAAGAAAUAGGAGCAAAGUGUAAGGAAUUAAGAGACAUGGGGAGAAAUGUUAAAAGGGACUACAAUGGAUUAACCGUGGAUGGUAAUGAAAAAUGGAGAUGGAGAAAAGACGGUAAAGUAGAAACAUUCCCAAUAAACUAG